GAUGUAGCUGCUGAGACGUGAUAUUUCCGAUAAGCUUCCGCCUGUCAAGUGUGUGAACAUUUACCCCGUUGAUGUGAUGUGUGAACAAUUGCAGACAGACCGGUUUUGUAUGGUUGAAACGAGUCAUAACUAGCUGACGAACCAUUAGCAGCGCACUUGCUCGCGGUAACGGUGACGACCCGUUCAUAGAACCCAAAAUUGCGAAAUGGCGCCAGGUGGAACCGGCACCUUUGUGUAUUUUGCGUUUGGGAGCAACAUGUUAAAGGAAAGACUGCACCUGGAAAACCCCUCAGCGACGUACCUCGAUACCGGUCGACUGAAGGACUAUCAACUGGAUUUUGGCGUUUGGGGCAGAGGUGCUGAGAACAGCUGGCACGGCGGAGUGGCCACCAUCCGAGAAAGUCCUGGUUCUGAGGUGUGGGGGGUCGUCUGGACCCUCGACCGAGACCACCAGGACACCCUGGACAAGCAGGAAGGCAUCCACGUCGGUAUUUAUUCCCCGCUGGAGGUGAGAGUGGAGAGCAGCAACCACGGGGAGAUGCUGUGCAGGACGUACCAGAUGAACAACUUCCAUGCUCGUCCUCCCUCACCACAGUACAAACAUGUGGUGUGUUGUGGCGCCGAGCAGAACGGACUUCCUGAUGAUUACGUUGGCAGGCUGCACGCGGUGAAGACCAACAACUACGUGGGGCCUUCCAUGUUGGAUCGCAUCAAAAUGCACAACAAUUAGCAGUGAGACAGCGUUUUACCAUCACUGUAUGUACUGACGCUUAUUGGUGCUCCCAAUGGAAAAACUGAUAUUUUUGAUACAUUUUGAAAAAUGCGCAAUUCAAAGAUUGUAAAAAUUUUAUUAGAAUAAAAUAUUUUGAAUGCUCAUUAAUGAUAGAAACAGCUAAAAACUAACAUUGUAGAAAGGGUGAAAAUGAGAUUAAGUUGCCGCUGUUGUGAAAGCGCGAUAUAAAUCAGCAUGUAUUGUACUGUAAUUUAUUACAGUUUUUCGAUGUACAGACCAAA